CUGCCAAAAUCCAAGAAAGCCGUCAAGAUGGCCAGUCUCUCCUUGUAUCGCUUGAUAGUUUUCAAUCUGUUGGAAGUCAAUUUGAGCAAUCUAAUGGUAUUUCACUGCUGGUCGAUAAAGGAGGCCUUACCUUUGGCUAAGAUGCUGAAUGAGAAUGGAAUUUUUUUGCAAUACAUUGACCUGCAACAGGACCCUGAAAACUUGGCCAACAUACACAAGGACUAUUUGGAUAGUGAUUUAGUCAGGUUGGGUGUCUUUUUGGACCUGGGCUGCGACCAAGCUCAACUUAUAACAAAUCAGUCCAGUCGUGCCCGUCUUUAUAACCAAAAUCUGCACUGGCUGCUUUACGAUGAGGAGGGUAACUUUACCAAGCUAACCCAGCUAUUUGAGGCAGCCAAUCUCAGUCUGAAUGCGGACGUGACCUAUGUGAGUCGUCAGGAGGAGGAGCUCUUUGUCUUGCACGAUGUAUACAACAAGGGAAGUCACCUGGGGGGCAAGCUGAACGUCACGGUGGACCAGAGUCUGUGGUGCAAUCGAAGUCACUGCCAGAUUAAGGAUUAUCUCAGUGAUUUGCAUUUGCGACCCAGACUGCAGCAUCGCCUGGAUUUAUCGAGCGUUACCUUUCGAUUGGCUGCUUUGGUUUCUGUUCUGCCCAUUAACUCCAGUGAGGAGGACCUUCUCGAAUUCCUCAAUAGCGACAGAGAUUCCCACAUGGACUCGAUUUCUCGCAUUGGCAAUCGGCUUAUCAUGCAUACUCAGGAAGUGCUCGGUUUCAAGCUUCACUACAUUUGGUGCGGCACCUGGAGCGUGCAGGAUGCUUUUGGCGGAGCAAUCGGCAUGUUGACCAAUGAAUCCGCUGAGCUCUGUACCUCUCCGUUCGUUCCCUCCUGGAAUCGCCUGCACUACGUACAUCCCAUGACGGAGCAGGCCCAGUUCCGGGCCGUCUGCAUGUUCCGUACGCCACACAACGCAGGAAUCAAGGCUGCCGUGUUCUUGGAGCCCUUCAUGCCGAGCGUUUGGUUCGCCUUCGCCGGACUCCUGAUCUUCGCUGGCGUCUUGCUCUGGCUGAUCUUCCACCUGGAGCGACAUUGGAUGCAGCGUUGUCUGGACUUUAUCCCAUCCCUGCUCAGCAGUUGCCUGAUCAGUUUCGGAGCUGCCUGCAUCCAGGGUUCCUAUCUGAUGCCCAAGUCGGCAGGUGGUCGAUUAGCCUUCAUCGCCGUGAUGCUGACCUCGUUCCUCAUGUACAACUACUACACAUCCAUUGUGGUGUCCACUCUGCUGGGAUCUCCAGUGCGCUCCAACAUCAGGACGAUACAGCAGCUGGCCGACAGCUCCCUUGAAGUGGGUUUCGACACGGUGCCCUUUACCAAGACUUAUCUGGUGUCCUCGCCCCGCGCAGACAUUCGAAGCCUGUACAAACAGAAGGUGGAGAGCAAGCGCGAUCCCAAUAGCGUCUGGCUUUCUCCGGAGGAGGGAGUGAUCCGGGUGCGGGAUCAGCCUGGAUUCGUGUACACCUCGGAGGCCUCGUUCAUGUAUCACUUCGUGGAGAAGCACUACCUGCCGCGCGAGAUCUCCGAUCUGAAUGAGAUCAUCCUGCGACCCGAGAGCGCCGUCUACGGAAUGGUUCACCUGAACUCCACCUAUCGACAGCUGCUCACCCAGAUCCAGGUGCGAAUGCUGGAAACCGGGAUCAUAUCAAAGCAGAGUCGUUUCUUUAGCAAGACCAAGUUGCACACGUUCUCCAAUAGUUUUGUGAUCCAGGUGGGCAUGGAAUAUGCGGCUCCCCUGUUUAUAUCCCUCCUGGUGGCCUACUUCUUGGCCCUAUUGAUCCUGGCUGUGGAAAUCUGCUGGGCACGUUAUGCCAAAAAGAAAUUGGGCACGGUUUUCCCACAAAGUCAGUAAAGGAAAACAUUUUAAUAAUCUUGCACUUGCACAUUUAGCACUUUUGGCGCAAUCUAGAAAUAUUUUCACACAAUUCAGAACACUAGACUCGGAACUCUACUUGGAGAAUGACUUUC